AGGGCGGUUAGAGAUCAACAGUAUCUGAUGGUGGUGGAAUAACCGAGCAAUAAACUCACAACCUGCGAUUCUGAUACCAGAGUUUCUUCAGGACUCCUAUAUGUGUAAAUUGGAUAUGCUGAGGCCAUGAGGUUGGAUUAAAAGAGCAGAUUAAAGAUGUCAGCAUCGAAUGAGACCGGGGGUGAAAGACCUCAAAAGAGUGGAGCCAAGAAUCAGAAAAAGCCCACAGCAGAGGCAGUGAAGGGAGCCAUUCAGCUUGGCAUUGGUUACACUGUGGGCAAUCUCACUUCUAAAACAGACAGAGAUGUUCUCAUGCAAGAUUUUUAUGUGGUGGAGAGUGUCUUCUUCCCCAGUGAAGGCAGUAACUUGACCCCGGCACAUCACUACCCUGACUUCCGCUUUAAAACCUACGCACCAAUGGCCUUCCGCUAUUUCAGAGAACUGUUUGGGAUUAAACCAGAUGACUACCUGUAUUCUUUUUGCAGUGAACCCCUAAUUGAACUUUCUAACCCUGGGGCAAGUAGCUCCUGGUUCUACCUAACAAGCGAUGAUGAGUUUAUUAUCAAGACAGUGCAGCACAAGGAGGCCGAGUUUCUGCAGAAGCUGCUACCUGGCUACUACAUGAAUCUAAACCAGAACCCGAGGACGCUCCUGCCUAAGUUUUAUGGCCUCUACUGUGUCCAGUGUGGAGGAGUCAAUAUCCGGCUAGUGGUGAUGAACAAUGUGCUUCCACGGUCUCUAAUUAUGCACUACAAAUAUGACCUAAAAGGCUCUACAUACAAACGACGAGCCUCCCGCAAAGAGCGUACCAAGUCUUCACCCACCUUCAAAGAUCUGGACUUUCAGGAUAUGCACUCUGAAGGCAUUUAUUUUGAUGCUGACACCUACAACGCAUUAAUCAAGACGCUACAGCGAGACUGUCGGGUGUUGGAAAGUUUUAAGAUCAUGGACUACAGCCUGCUGCUUGGAAUCCAUGUGCUGGAUCGGAAGUUGAGGGGGAGAGGAGGCAGAGGGGACAGCAGAGGGGACAGUAAACGCCAAGGUCAGAAAGUUCUCUACUCCACUGCUAUGGAGUCCAUCCAGGGAGGAGGCAAACCUGUGGAGCCUUUCCCAAACACAGAUGAAGAUACAAUGGGUGGGAUCCCUGCUAAACACAAAGAUGGGAGAUUGCUGAUUUUUUUGGGAAUCAUUGACAUACUGCAGUCCUACAGAUUAAUAAAAAAGGUUGAACACUCCUGGAAAGCUCUCGUACAUGAUGGUGACACAGUGUCAGUCCACAGACCAAAUUUCUAUGCUGACAGGUUCUUAAAGUUUAUGAGUGGCACUGUAUUUAAAAAGAUUGGUCCACUUCGUGGAGCUUCUUCUCGAAGGAAAAGAAACUCUGUACUGCCGAAAAGGUCUGCAUCACAUGAAGUACUUUCGACUGUUACAGAGGAGAAAAGCGAGGAGAGGAAAGCACAAAGCCUAGAAAACCUGGAUGAUCAAGAUUUGGGCUGCUGUCCAAAACCUGAUCUGAUCCCGAGCUCCAGCAAUUUGAUUGCUGCUGUUUCUACAGCUUCUAUCCCUUCUUUAGAUGAAGUGAAUAAGCUCGAGCAGGAGGAAGAUGGAAACAGCAGUUCAACUCUGGCUCUGGAUGAUGCAGCCCAGGCAUCUGCUUCUUCAGAGAGCAACAAUGGUGAAUCGCUGGACGUUUACUUGUGAUAUGUGAAGUCUGAUGAAGUGGACCUGCAGGCCCAAACAUCUACAAGAUGCCAAUCGGAGCAUCAACGUAAAAAUGACAUAUAUUUUUUUUAUUACAACCAUUGCUUCAUUAUUUAAAGAAUGAAUUAAGGCAGUUAUCUGUAAGCCAUUUCACUCAGACAGGGUCAGUCCUGUCCAGAUGUCAAAUUAUAUGUAUCUUGACUGCUUAUUGCUGCUAAUACAUGAAUGAAUGAGAGACCCACCUUAUAUUUUAGUGGAAAAUUUACCACAGUGUAGACCUGUACACCCUCUGAGCACUUUUAUAUUGAACUGAAAAUGUGGAUGUUUACACUGAUGCCAUUUAGCUUUAGUUUUAAGAUGCCCCAAAUUUUUCUGUAUCAUUUUUGCUUUGACACACCUGAUAUACCAUACUUAUAAAGAGUGAACAGGUUAAAUCAGGUACCAGAAAAAACACUGAAGUUCAUAGAAAUAUCAACAGCUUUCAAUUAAUUUAGGUGAUUUAUAUCUCUGGAUAAGAGUGUCUGCUAAAUGCUGUACAUGUAAAUUUAUUUGAAUACGGAAUGCAUGCAACACUCCUGCAAAGAGCUUUUUAUUCAUUGUUAUCAAUAUUUAAUCUAUUAAUUUGUCACUUUUCUAUUAUUUCUUUUGAGAAAUGCCUUAGAACCUGCCAAAUAAGUGCCAAAUGAUUUUAUAUAAUGAAAUAAAUAACAUUUGGUUUGAUUAAUGAUCUCAAAUGAACAACCAAAUGUUGGUCAUGUGAUCUAAAUGCACAAAUCCAAAAUCAGUUAUAGCGUAUUAGUCUAAACGGUUCACAAGUUUCUGAUGUGAUGCAUUUCAAAUAUUAUUGUAUUCUAGGUAUCUUGGUAUGUAAAGUAUAUUAUUUUGAUGGCAUAUGUAAGUAAUAUAUUGGACAAGUGUUUAUCUUUUGUAUUUAUGAAGAACUGUUGAAUGCUUAAUGUGCUGUUGAAG